AUGGCCCCAAAAUUCCCGCCAUUAAGGUGUCCCUGCGGUCAGUGCUGCGCUAACAAAGGAAGCUGGAAACGGAUCGGAUCGGGGCGCGAUGUCAGAGACACCAUGACGUCCACCACGAUCGGGCGGCUGGGGGUCCGAUUGGCAAUCGUAGCAAUCCUGACGUGCCGCUGCACAAAACAAACGGGCCACCGCUGUAAGCAAGUGUUUGCAGUGUCCCUUCUUUCCUCUUUCACAAAAAGUUCCAUGUUUCUCCUACUUCGUGCUUGUAGACUCUCGCAAGGUAUUGCCUCUCUGUCCACUCGCCACCUACACUCCCACUACUGUCGGCCAGCUCUCAACUUUACCAUCAUGCCGGCUAGUAGAUAUCCCAAACGAAAGCCCUCCGCCAACAGUGCGCCAAGCACUAAUGGCACGUUGAAUGGUACCAACGGGUUCAUCAAGCCCGACCCUGACCAACCGCCUCCAGAGAAGAAGCGCAAGACCGUCCUCGCCGAACCCUCUUCCGAACCAUCUCUGUCGUCAGACCCCUUGCGAGAGCCGCACCCCUUCCACCAAGAUGCCGAAAAACAUGGCAUCGUCCUCCGGAAGUACUACCCUCACGAAAUGUCCACUGCGCGUGCCAGGGCAUACAACAACAAUGAGUUGCCCCGACCUAUCGAGCUGCUAAAGGCUGCACAGGCAGAUACAGCUGAACACAGAGCCAACACGCCAGUUGCAGGGGCGGUGGUGCACUGGUUCAAGAUGGACUUGAGAACAACAGACAACACGGCUCUGUUUUGUGCCAGUCAAAAGGCUCAGGCUGCUGGCGUGCCACUCAUUGCGCUGUACAUCCUCAGUCCGCAAGACUUUGAGGCACACUUGACUGCUCCUGUGAGGGUGGACUUUAUGCUGCGGACACUGGAAAUCUUGAAGAAGGACCUUGCGGCGCUGGAUAUCCCUCUCUGGGUCGAGACUGUGAAGAAGAGAAAGGAGAUACCAAGCAGGAUUGUGGAACUGAUGAGCGAAUGGGGAGCUAGUCACUUAUUUGCCAACAUGGAGUACGAAGUGGACGAGCUGAGAAGGGACGCCAGGAUGGCGAGACUGCUGGCAAAAAGGGGGCUUGUCAUGGAGGUGUUGCAUGAUACCUGUAUUGUGCCGCCGGGGAGGCUGACAAGUGGAAGCGGUGGGCAAUAUGCAGUGUACACACCCUGGUUCAGGACUUGGGUUCGACACGUUCACGAGAAUCUAGACUUGUUGGAGCUGGUUGAAACCCCAACGAAGAAUCCCGAGUCCACGAGACAAAAGUUUGCUCAUCUCUUCCAGUGUCCAAUACCCUCAGCACCAGAAAACAAGACCCUGAGCAAGGAGGAUCGGGAACGGUUUCGGGCUUUAUGGCCGGCUGGGGAGCACGAGGCAAUGAAACGGUUGUCCAAGUUUGCAGACCAAGCCAUUGGGAAGUAUCAACAAAACCGAAACAUCCCUUCCAACCCCGGCACCUCCAGCCUUUCUGUUCACUUUGCUAGUGGCACACUCAGCGCGAGGACAGCUGUUCGGACAGCCCGUGGUCGUAACAAUACGAAAAAACUCGACGGAGGGGAACGAGGGGAUCCAGACUUGGAUCAGCGAGGUUGCGUGGAGGACUUUACAAGCAUCAUGAACAAGCCCUUCAAACCAGAGUACGCCAACAUUGAGUGGUCCUACAACAUGGAGCACUUUGACGCUUGGAAAGAAGGACGUACCGGAUUUCCCAUCGUCGACGCCGCCAUGCGCCAGCUCCGUUCCAUGGGUUGGGUGCACAACCGCUGCCGGAUGAUUGUUGCUUCCUUUCUGUGCAAGGACCUGCUUCUUGACUGGAGGAUGGGGGAGAAGUACUUUAUGGAGCAUCUUGUCGACGGCGAUUUUGCGAGCAAUAACGGAGGAUGGGGGUUUUCGGCAUCAGUGGGCGUGGACCCGCAGCCAUACUUCCGCAUCUUCAACCCGCUGCUGCAGAGUGAGAAGUUUGACCCUGAUGGAGAGUACAUUCGCAAGUGGGUUCCAGAGCUGAAGGAAGUCAAGGGCAAGGCAAUCCACGACCCAUAUGGGCGAGGGCUGCCGCCUUGGCUAUCAAGGCAGGGUAUCCGAAGCACAUUGUUGAGCAUAAAGGUGCAAGAGAAAGGACAUUGGCUGCAUACAAGAAGGGAAUAG